UUUUUUUUUGUUGAAUAAAAAAAAAUUCUUGUAUUCUAUAACAAAAAUACGACAUAUAGUGAUGGACUGGUAUUGGUCAUGCAUGCGUGUGUGUGUGUUGUCAGUGUCUAUUGAAUAUUGAUUUUUGGAGGGAAAAUGACAAUGUGCUUGUAUUGCUGAAUUCAGAAUUGAACUCAGAAUUUAUACAUUUUUUUAUAGAUCAUUUGUGUUUUGUUUUGAUAAACAAAAAAAAUGCCUCAAUCAAUUGAUAAAAAAUAUCGAAAAAUUGAAAAAAUUGGUGAAGGAUCAUAUGGAAUUGUGUACAAAGCAAUUGAUCAAGAAAAUGGUGGUCUUGUUGCGUUGAAAAAAAUUCGAUUAAAUUCCGAUUCUGAAGGUGCUCCAUCGACUGCCAUUCGUGAGAUAUCGUUGCUAAAAUCAAUUAAACAUAAAAAUGUUGUCAGUCUUAUCGAUGUCAUCCACUGUGACACUAAUCUAUAUCUGGUUUUUGAAUAUCUAAAUCAAGAUCUGAAAAAAUUACUUGACAAUACAUCAACGAAUGGUUUACCAUCUAAAUUGAUCAAAAGUUAUGUUUGGCAAUUAUUGCAAGGAAUAUCUUAUUGUCACGCAAAUCAAGUCAUUCAUCGUGAUAUGAAACCACAAAAUCUUCUUAUCGACAUCGAUGGCUAUAUUAAGAUUGGUGAUUUUGGUCUUGGACGAUCGAUUAUGAUACCUAUGCGAAUUUAUACACAUGAAGUGGUUACAUUAUGGUAUCGAGCACCAGAAAUUCUUCUCGGUACACAGUAUUAUGGUUUUUCUGUCGACAUAUGGAGCAUUGGCUGUAUAUUUGCUGAAAUGUCUAGUAAAAAAGCUCUUUUUUCUGGCGAUAGUGAAAUCGAUCAAUUGUAUAGAAUAUUUCGAACAUUAGGUACGCCUGAUGAAAAAUUAUGGCCCGAUGUUGUAAAACUAUGUGAUUAUAAGUCAAAUUUUCCUAAAUGGAAACGUCAAAAUAUGAAAGAAUUGUUACCAAAUCUUGAUGAUAAUGCAAUCGAUUUAUUGAAUCGUUUGUUGACAUAUGAUCCAAAUCAACGUAUACCAGCAUUGAAAGCAUUGAAUCAUAAAUAUUUUCAUGAUGUAUCUAGUUGUUUACCAAAAGAUUAUGUUAAUUUAGAAAAUUAUUGAUUGAUUUUAUUGAUUCUUUAAAAAAAAUGCUUACAUCAAAUCAAUUUUUUUUGUUU